GUUAACUUCCCUUUUAAAAUCGAAGUUUCUUUAUGUUGCAGGCAGGAUGUGACAUUAGAACAGAAUGUCAAGCUCAGUAUGUAGUUAAAAACCCGUAUGAUACUUGCCAAGAAGGCAAAAAUAGCAAAAAGAGAAGAUGGCGUGUUUACUUGAAUGAGAUUGACUAUAUAACCAGUGAUUUUGUAGUCCUCUCAGCGGGAGUUUUAGGCACAACUGAAACACUUUUCCAGUCACAAAUGAGAGGAUUAAAACUUUCGGAUGCACUUGGCUCUGGAUUCAGCUGUAAUGGGAAUACUGUAGCCUGUCUUGCUGGAAGCCCGGCACCCUUGAAUUCUUUCGGAUUAGACAGAAAGCAACUCUCAAAGAUACCUUUCCAAGAACGGCCAGGGCCAUCCAUCUCUUCUUCUUACACAUCUUCGUUGGGAUUCACCAUCCAGAGUGCUGUACUUCCAACAGCUUAUCCACACCUGCUAUUUAAAGGGAUUGUAAGUUAUGGUUGGCCAACUGGCCACUGGUUGUUUCAUGGGAUCAUUGAAAAGAUAAGACAUAUUUUGGGUUUUAAAGCAUGCCAAGCUAUUGCUCUUAAUGCAAUGGGUUAUGAUGACAGUGACGGGAAGAUUAUGUGGGACAAGGACAAGAACAGAAUUUGCUUUAGUCCACCCCAUGAUCCUUUACUCCCACAAAAAGUCAAAGCCUUUCAAAAGCUCACUAAGAAAUUAGGAGGAAUCCUCUUCUUAUCAAGGUACCGAAGCACAUCUGUCCAUCUUUUAGGUGGGUGCAAUGCAUCAUCAGAUCCUUCAUAUGGUGUUUGCAACCCCAGUGGCCAAGUAUUUGACCCAGAGUCUUCAGUCAUGGUACACCAAGGCCUCUAUGUCUGCGAUGGUUCUCUAAUCCCAUGUUCUGUUGGCAUAAACCCAUCUCUUACCAUCGCAUCUGCAGCUGAGUAUGUAAGUAGGCACCUUGUAAAGGAUGUUCUCAAGUACAAGAGUAUUGAAAUUUCUUCUCAGAAUCCACAUUCUGUCUCAAAUAAGAAUGUAAAGAGUGAUCAGAGAUCAGUUGUCACAUUUGAAGAAACCAUGAGGGGUUAUGUGGGGGGUAUGCAAUGCACAGUUUUUCUCAAAGUGAAGAUGAAUGCUCAAGAACAGAAGGGCCUCAGUGAUUGUCAUCCUCUUCUAAGAGGCAAAGUUGGUGGAUAUGUGGAAUUAAAAGCCAUUGAGAGGGACAAAUUACAUAUCAUAGAUGGAAAAGUAAGUUUGUGUGAAGUAGAUUACAGAACUCCUUACACGCAGUAUAUGCAUUAUCAUCUCCUCCUUGCAGGUUCUUCUGGCUCGAGAUAUAUUCUCGAGGGAAGAAAGAUAAUGAAUCCUUAUCUCUUUGCAUUAUAUGCUUGGAGGGAGUCAACAACAUUGCAUGUGAUCUUUAAGAAAGUUGCUGAGAACAAUUCCAAGGAAGAAAUGAUGCUUCUAAAAGGCAGGCUCAGUGUCUCCAUGGUAGAGCUUCUAAAGAGCUUGAUAAGCCUUAGAGGAAACAACAAAGGAAGGUUCAUAUGUCAUCUAUUAUACACACUCUACAGAACCUAUUUUGUACAGAAACCACAAGGGAGUCACAAGGACUUCCCCCCAAAAGAUUUGUAUCAUAAAUUUUAUCCAAGCAGCACUCUCCAUGAAAUUAAAACAGAGGAUGGAUUUACUAUCAGUUGCAGGCAAUGGAAAUGCACCCAUAAUUCCUCAAAGCUUGAAGGACCAAAACAAUUAUACCCAGUUCUCCUUCUUAAUGGGUAUUCUUCUGACAGUUACUGGUUGCCAACAGAACCAAAUGAUCUAGUCAGAACUUUACUGGAAGAAGGACAUGAAAUAUGGCUAUUGCAACCAAGGUUGCACCCACUGAAUCCUUCAAACAACUUCACAAUUGAAGAUAUUGGAAGAUUUGAUGUCCCUGCUGCAAUAAAUAGGAUCCUUGAAUUGCAUGGGCAGCGCAUAAAGAUACAUGUUGUUGCACAUUGUGUUGGAGGCUUAGUCAUACAUAUUGCUCUCAUGGGAGGGCAUGUCUCUGCAACCAAUAUAGCUUCUUUGUCUUGCACCAACACUUCAAUGUUCUUCAAACUAAAUACUUUAUCCAUGUUUAAAAUGUGGCUUCCUCUGCUCCCCCUAUCAAUGGUCAUACUAGGCAAGAAUAAAAUUCUGCCUAUGUUGGAAACAUCAAAGUCUAGUUUGCGUCAUCGGCUCUUGAAGUCCAUUGCCCUUAUGAUUCCCCGGUAUGAGAGAUGCACCUGCAAUGAGUGUGAGAUUUUUUCUGGUCUAUUUGGAAACGCAUUCUGGCAUGAAAACCUAAGCCCCAGCAUGCACUACUGGUUAAACAAAGAAAAUGUGACAAUGCUUCCCAUGGCUGCAUUUCCCCACCUUAGAAAAAUCUGCAAUGCUGGUAACAUCGUUGACAGCAAAGGAAACAACUCAUAUUUGAUCCAUCCUGAGAGAAUGUCACUCCCAACGCUUUAUAUUUCCGGAGGACGGACUAUCCUUGCAACUCCAAAGACUUCUUUUCUUGCUAACAAGUACAUGAAGUUACACCAGCCUGGUUUUAGACAUGAAAGAGUUGUAGUGGAGGGCUUUGGUCAUUCGGACCUAUUGAUUGGAGAAGAGUCAUAUAAGAAGGUUUUUCCUCACAUUUUAUCUCAUAUUAGAUUAGCUGAAAGAGAAAAUGGUGCAAUUAGUGCUGGGAGAAGAAAGUACAGCAAGGAGGCUAUGGACUGGGAAGAUGAUCCUUAUGAAGAAUAUGGAGGUUUUAGCACUUGGUUUUCUCCUUUUGUUGUUAUUUUGUUGUUUUUUAUAUUAGUUGCAUUAUGCUUGUCAAUUUUCAAUUUUCAAAGAUGAAAAGUUCUUGGCCUUGCUAU